GAUUUCAAUGAACAAUGCCCCUAUUCAUUAUCGCCCGUCAGUACGAAAAGUCAAAAGCUGUUGAGAUCGCCCAGAAAGGCCACAAGAAAAAUAUCACGCAUUCCCUUUAAAGUCUUAGAUGCCCCUGAAUUACAAGAUGAUUUCUAUUUAAAUUUAGUCGAUUGGUCAUCACAAAACGUAUUGGCUGUUGGUUUAGGUAGUUGUGUUUACCUAUGGAGUGCCUGUACAAGUCAAGUAACACGUUUGUGUGACCUUAGCCCCGAUGCCAAUACCGUCACAUCGGUAUCAUGGAAUGAACGUGGCAAUUUAGUUGCCGUAGGUACCCAUCAUGGUUAUGUUACCGUAUGGGAUGUAGCAGCUAGUAAACAGAUCAACAAAUUAAAUGGUCACUCUGCCCGGGUUGGUGCCUUAGCCUGGAAUGGUGAUAUUUUAUCAUCCGGCUCACGUGAUCGCCUUAUCAUUCAACGAGAUACCCGAACACCAGCCCAACAAUCAGAACGUCGUUUGGUCGGACAUCGUCAAGAGGUAUGCGGUCUCAAAUGGUCACCGGACAAUCAAUACUUGGCCAGUGGCGGCAAUGACAAUCGUCUCUAUGUCUGGAAUCAACAUUCUCUCAAUCCUGUGCAAUCCUAUACCGAACAUAUGGCUGCCGUUAAGGCCAUUGCUUGGUCACCACAUCAUCAUGGCCUUUUGGCUAGUGGUGGUGGUACGGCGGAUCGUUGCAUUCGCUUUUGGAAUACCCUAACGGGUCAGCCAAUGCAAUGUGUUGAUACGGGAUCACAAGUAUGCAAUUUGGCAUGGUCGAAACAUUCUUCGGAGCUGGUGUCCACCCAUGGUUAUUCACAAAAUCAAAUUUUGGUCUGGAAAUAUCCAUCGUUGACACAAGUGGCCAAGCUGACAGGGCAUUCAUAUCGUGUUCUAUACUUGGCUCUCAGUCCUGAUGGUGAGGCCAUUGUAACUGGGGCCGGUGAUGAGACAUUGCGUUUCUGGAAUGUGUUCAGCAAAGCUAGAAGUCAAAAGGAAAAUAAAUCUGUUUUAAAUUUAUUUACCAAUAUUAGAUAA